AUGUCGUGGCUUCGGCGCGUGUGUCCACUGGGCAACUUGCCGAACCACAUCCGUCGGCAUCGAAGUCUGCGCGCUCCCCCAUCACUCUCUCUCUCUCGGUCCUUCACCAUCGCCCCUCCAGCCCACACAACACACGUGAGUUUCCCCCCACCGUACCCCCACCUCUCUCCCAUUCUUCCCCCAUCCCAUGGUCCUACCCCUUUCCCCACAUCUGAUCGCCAUAUUAGAAGCAUGCUCGCCGCCUCGCCUUCGUUUGCGCACCACGUGCUUCAGGAUCGCUGGCACCAGCAGCAGCAGCAUCAGCAGCAUCAGCAGGCUAUCUUCUCGAGCCCUCAACCCGUAUACGAAGCGCACCACCACUCCGCCAGGCCCGCGCCUGGCGUCGCGGACAACAAGCUGCGCGAGCUCGCGUCCAUGGCGUCCCUCGCGAACCACCCCGCGGCGCCGUCGCCGCCGCCGCCUGCAUCGCACGCUCAGUCGCCACCCGCCGCUUUCCCCGACCCGUGGGGCGCGGGCUCCGACUCCCCGUGCGCGCAGUUCGUCGCUCAAAGCCCCCCCGACGGUCCGCCUCCUCGCCUGGCCGCCGGUUGCAACGAGGCUCUCCCGUCGCCGAUCCCCACGCCGCCGUGCACGUGCUACUCGCGUCUGCCGGCCGGAUGCGCGACGGAUCCGCACGCGCCGACCGUCAAGUACAUCGGCGUGCGCCUGCGCGGGCGCAACCGGUGGGUAGCGGAGAUCAAAGACAACAACCACGGCGUGCGCAAGUGGCUCGGAACCUUCGCGUGCCCCGUGCAGGCCGCGCAGGCCUUCGACGCCGCGGCGCGCGCCAUCCGCGGCCCGAAGACGAAGGCGAACUUCAAGCGCGGCGACGCGGAAUUCGUGGAGCAAGUGCCCGAGGUGCUCUCCGUGCUCGCGUACUGCUCCUCGGGUAAGCCGCCGCAGGGCGCGGCGAACCUGGCGGGGUCGGCGGACGGUUUCGCGCGGAGAACGUCUCCGAAGCAGUCGUCUCCCGCGGGUCCGCCGGGUAGAAGGCCGGGCAGGGGCAAGCCGCCCUCCCCCUCCGCCGGCCCCUUGCCGCUCGCGAUCGGCCCGCCGUCCAUCGCCGCGCCGUCCUACGCGGCCGCACCGUCCUUCUCUGCCGCGCCGUACGCAGUGGACGCGACCCCACCCUGCGUCGCCACGCUGCAUCAUGCCGCUCCGCGCCUGUCCAUGCCGCCGCCGCCGUCAGCGCUGGUCGCGCCAAGCCCCCUGCAGCUCACCGGGAAUUACAACGCCGAAGCGUCGCCGCUAACGGCCUUCCCGCCUGCGCGCGCGCCGCAUGAGAUCGUUGUGAAGCGCGAAGUCCUGGCGUCGUCCUCCCUGCUGCCUAUCGCGGCGUUCGCCGAGGCGCGCGCGGCGAGCGAGCACGCGGUGAUUGUGCAGCCGGCGCACGCAGGCGGGCGCGCGGCGGCGGGCUGCGCGCCGCCAAGCGCAGUUGACGGCGUGACGUGGGUGGUGGCGGAGCCGGAGCAGGCGUCGCCGUGGCCCGCGCGGACGGCGGAGCCCGGCAGGUUCCCCCAGCUAGUGGCGCCCGCGCCCGCGCCCUACGCGCCAUCAUAUCACCCACCUGCUCCGCAGUGGCGCGACGCGCAGGGGGAGCAGCGCGAAGUGCGAUGCAGGAGAACGGAGGUGCAGAUGGGUGCAGGAGGGGAGGGCGACUCGGCAGUGAUCGAGUGCGCCUCGCUGUGGUCCCCGUGCCGCCCGGCUGAUUCGAGCAGGGACGAGGACACAUUCGCGCACACGCAAUCCGCACAUCCUGAUGACAUGGAUGUCCGAUCCUCAAGCCAUGUCAGGCUCGGCAAGCGCAGGUCGCCCGAGCCUGCUGAAGGCCUUCAGUUGAAUCAGUUGGCGCGGAACGCCGAGGCAAGCGCGCCUGCAGGCAUGGGAGGGGUGCUCUCUCUGCUGUCCGUUGGGGCCCUCCAGUCGUCCGGCGAGAGGCUCGGCGGUAGACUCGGUGGCGAGAGUCUGAAGGUGAAGGGAAUGAGCCUUUCGUCCCUCUUGCCCGUUGCCGAGCCUGCACUGACUCCCGAGGAGUUCGGUGAGCUUCGGAAGAGGCUCGGGUGGAAGGUGGUUCGGAUGGAGGACCUGGAGGAAAUCCCAAGGGUGGCUCGGGAAGCUCUGUUGAGGUUCAGGGGGGACAAGGACUUUACCAUGCUGUCACUGUAG